GCUGGCGAGUGGUGUUCACCUCUGGUCUACCUUAUGGACAACAAUACCGGCGUGCGCGAGCUGUCUCUUGAGGAGUUCGCGGAGCUCACGCCUGCCAAGCCUCUUGCAUUGGAAAGUGUGAGUAACUCUAUGGGCACUUCUGAGAAUGCUGCAGAUGCAAAGCGAAAAACUGAUGGAUUUCUAGAAAUCAGUUCUGUGUCUUCUGACACAACUCUCGAAGGACACCUCGAGUACUCUGUACUCAAGGACGCUGAAAAGCUUGUGCUUGCUAGUCGCUCUGAUGGACUGGACGUCGAGAAUCUAUCCUCUAUCGUGGGUAUAGUUCAAGUGUUUUUGUUGGCCUUCCUCGACGAUGGCGAUAAGCCACACUGUCAAGUGGAACUCGACCUUGCAAUGGCGACUUCUUCCUUGAAUUGGCUACAGUUGGAUCAAGGCUUGCGAGCACAUGUUGCCGAAGCAUUGGUACCAACCUCAAAGAUGAAGGUCAAACCUUCUGCGACACCUGAACGAUCGAAGUGUCAAUGGGAGUUUGGUUCCAGAGGAUAA